UUUCAGAAAUGGCUAGACUGAAUCUGUUGUUUUUUACCCUAAUAUCAUGCCUUUCAACACUGUCCAUGGUCCAUUCUGAGGACCCUUAUUUGUUUUUCACAUGGAAUAUUACUUACGGAGAUCUUUCUCCCCUGGGAGUGCCUACACCAGUAAUUCUCAUUAAUGGCCAAUUUCCAGGUCCAGAAAUCAACUGCACUUCAAACAAUAACAUUGUUGUCAAUGUGUUUAACCACCUUGAUGAGCCAUUUCUUUUCACCUGGAAUGGGAUUCAGCAGAGGAAGAAUUCUUGGCAAGAAGGAACUCUGGGCACGACCUGUCCUAUCCCGCCUGGUAAAAAUUUUACGUACCAUUUCCAGGUGAAAGAUCAGAUUGGUAGCUACUUUUACUACCCCAGCACCUCGAUACACCGUAGUGCAGGUGGCUACGGAAUGCUCAAAGUCCACAGUCGGGAUCUUAUCCCCGUGCCAUUUGACAGGCCAGAGGCUGAAUACGCCGUUUUGGCUGGUGAUUGGUACAGAAAGGACCCUGCUACCUUAAAGAGGUUGUUAGACAGCGGGCGGACUCUUGGUAGGCCGGACGGUGUUAUCAUCAAUGGUAAGCAAGGCAAGGGAGAUGGUACAGAUGAACCCAUGUUCACCAUGAUCCCUGGAAAGACUUACAGAUAUAGAGUUUGUAAUGUGGGAAUGAAAAACUCCAUCAAUGUCAGAAUUCAAGGCCACACAUUGAAACUGGUAGAGAUUGAGGGAUCCCACACUGUUCAGAAUGUGUAUGAUUCUCUUGAUGUGCAUUUGGGGCAAUGCUAUUCAUUUUUGGUGACUGCUAAUCAAGAACCAAAGGACUAUUAUUUUGUGGUUUCCACACGAUUCACGAAAACCGUCCUCAGCACCACUGCCACCAUCCGAUACGAAGGUGGCAAGGGCCCCGCUUCCUCAGCGUUGCCUGAGGCACCAGUCGGGUGGGCCUGGUCCCUCAAUCAGUUCCGUUCCUUCCGCUGGAACCUGACAGCCAGUGCAGCCAGGCCUAAUCCUCAGGGCUCCUACCACUAUGGCCAAAUCAACAUUACACGCACAAUCAAGUUGGUGAAUUCAGCUGGUACCGCUGAUGGAAAGCUCCGGUAUGCUGUCAAUGGCGUAUCGCAUAAAGAUCCGGAAACUCCAUUGAAGCUGGCUGAAUACUUUGGGGUUGCAGAUAAAGUGUUCAAAUAUGACAUUAUUCAGGAUGAACCACCUGCAGAAACAAGUGAUAAGGUCACAGUUGCACCCAUUGUACUCAACACCACUUUCCGCAACUUUGUUGAGAUCAUAUUCGAGAAUCAUGAGAAGAGUGUCCAAUCAUGGCAUUUGGCUGGAUAUUCCUUCUUCGCUGUUGCGAUUGAACCAGGAAGAUGGACACCAGAUAAGAGGAAGAAUUACAAUCUUUUGGAUGCAAUAAGUAGGAACACAAUCCAAGUAUAUCCAAAGAGCUGGGCAGCCAUUAUGACUACACUGGACAAUGCUGGAAUGUGGAGCUUAAGAGCACUGACUCUUGAGAGGCAGUAUCUGGGACAGCAGCUCUAUUUCAGCGUACUCUCACCAGAGCGCUCUCUUCGCGAUGAAUACAACAUUCCUGACAAUACUCCGCUGUGUGGAAUUGUCAAGGGUUUGCCUAUGCCAGAACCCUACACUGCCUGAUUCAGCUUUCGAAGUUGCGCAAAGGAUUUACAGUGGAAGCAUUAAUGGAUGGCAUAUUCAUGCCUGUUGGAGAAAGAAACAAGAGUUACAGAUUUUAUUUUUGAAACCCACCUAACUGAAAAAGCAAAAAAAAAAAAAAACAUAGAGAAGAAGAUUGUAUGCCAGUGAGAUUUUGCACAGCCACCGUUUUUGGUUAACUAUAGGUUUUGUGUUUUUAGUUUUUUGUUAAAGUAUUAUUUUAUUUAUUUUCAAGUGAAUCAAAUCCAUUGAAUCAAAAUAAA